AUGCUCCGUUUAACGCUUCUUUUGGCCGUUGUUGGCUCAGCUGCUUCUCAAUGUUCGAGUGAUGGGAAUAGUGUCUGUAUUAAUAUUUACAACAAAUGUCCUUUCACGAUUUGGCCCGGUGUUCAGGGAUCUUUCGUUCCAAAUGGUGGUGGCUUUAAAUUGAAUGGAGGAGAGUCGAAGCAACUCCGUGUCCCGAAUGGAUGGGAAUCAGCACGGAUUUGGGCAAGAACUGGAUGUGAUGGAAAUAUGAAUUGUAAAACGGGAGAUUGUAGGGGAAAUACUGAACAAUGCAAUGGGCGUGGAGGAGUUCCGCCAGUUUCCCUUGCUGAAUUCACCCUCAAUGGAACUGGGGCACAGGAUUACUAUGAUGUCUCUCUUGUUGAUGGCUACAAUAUUCCCGUUCUAAUCAUGCCAAUUGGUGGCACUUUUAACACCAAUGGCGGGGCAUAUGAUUGCAAAAUGGCUGGAGGAUGUGUGGAUAACUUGAGCUCAACCCUUUGUCCACCCCCGCUUCGGGAUAUUAAGAACGGAAACAUCGUCGCCUGUAAGUCGGCCUGUGAGGCUUUCAAGACUGAUAAGUACUGUUGCCGUGGAGCUCACAACACUUCAGACACUUGCCCGCCCAAUCAAUACGGUCAACUCUUUAAGAAAGCCUGUCCUGGUGCAUACAAUUAUGCGUAUGAUGAUCGCACAUCGACCUUCGUCUGCCGGGGAAACAAUGGACCAAGCCCCGCCUACACCGUUCAAUUCUCGUCGCCUGUAUUUAAACUAGAAGAGAGAAAUCCUGUCCGUCUUUCUAUUGAUGGCUACUGGCUUCUCCCGGAUGAGUUACUCAAUGGAACUGUUUCUCUUGACGAUUUGAAAGUCUACGUCAAAAAUGAACAAGGUGUGAAGAGGCGAGUUCAUUGGAAAGCUGCUCAUCAUGAACAAGUUGAAAAAGUUUACACAAUUUUCGCAAAAUUGGACAUCACGAGCGAUGACGAGAGUCUGGAGAUUCGUGUGGAAAAGGAGGGGAUAAAGAGUGAAACCGUUCAUCUCCAACUCACUCCCGCUUUUUUCAAUGGAACGGCGUUAAAUGGAAAGAGUUUCUCUCAAAAUCUUAGCUUUAAUAUCAUUCGAAAGAAGAGAUUGUUGACGUCGGGACGCAAUGGAGAGUGCCACUGUGUGGAAAAGAAUUGUGCUUGCUGCCAGGAAAUCGUUUUUCCAAACUUCAAUCAUGGUGUUUGUGUGAACAUCUCGUACAAUCCACUCACAAUCGGGAUGGAUCUCUCAAUUGGCGUUGAUGGGCAUUAUUAUACGUAUGAAAUCUCAGCCCGUAAUCCGCCACCAAUUUGUCUUGAUUUCCCUUAUACAAGAGAGGUUCUUUCACUGUGCAUUGCGUUUGAAGAGAUAGAUUUAACGAGAAAGCAUUUGGCUGGUUGUGUCGAGCUUGAAGCUGAGUUGAUCCAUCUGAGAGUGCUACGGGAGAAGCUUGGCUGCUUCGAUAUUCCGAUU